AAAAAAAUGAUUGUUGUUACUUUUUAGGCGGUAGAUCAGUAUUUUUUUUUAAUUUUAUUUAAAAAUAAUUUUAUAGAAAUAAUAUGUCAAUAACUCUGAAAAGUUCAGUGUUUUGUAAACCAACAGAUUUAAACUUGAGAUUGACUUUACUUGGAGGACAAAGUUUUCGUUGGAAAGAAAUAAAAGACUCUGCUUUUGUUGGAACUUUUAGAGGAAAAAUAUGGAAAUUGAAAAUGUUACCCGAAUGUAACAAGUUGGAAUACGAGGUUUUCUAUGAAAACAAAAGUGGUGAUUGUAUUGCAGAAAAAGAUUUCAAUAACAUGAUAAGUAAUUAUUUUCGAUUAAAUUUCGAUCUUGAGGCAUACUACAAAAUUUGGAGGAAAAAUCAUAGCCAUUUUAACGAAACUUCAAAGCAAAUAAAAGCAGUGAGAGUUCUUGACCAGGAACCUUUUGAAAAUAUAAUUUCAUUUAUAUGUAGCCAGAAUAAUAAUAUUACAAGAAUCUCAUUAAUGGUUCAAACAUUGUGUAAAUUAUUUGGUAAUAGAAUAGGCUCUUAUGAUAAAAGAGACUUUUUUUCAUUCCCUACAAUAGAAGCGCUUGCAACUGUAGAAAAUUUAGAAGAUACUUUAAGGAAAGAAAAAUUUGGGUAUAGAGCAAAAAUGAUAUCAAAUGCCGUUAAACAAAUUCUUAAUAAAGGUGGAGAAAUAUGGUUUGAAAAAUUAAAGUUAAUGGAAUACAAAAUUGCUAAAGAAGAACUUUUAACAGUAUCUGGGAUUGGUCCAAAAGUUGCUGAUUGUAUAUGUUUGAUGUCCUUAGGAAAAUUGGAAUCAGUUCCAAUUGAUAGACAUAUUUUCAAAAUAGCGCAAGAUCACUAUAUGCCAGAAUUAAAAAAAGUUAAACUUAGUCCAAAGCAAUAUGAACUAGUUGCAAAAAUGUACAGGGAAACAUACGGGGAAUAUGCUGGAUGGGCUCAAGCUGUUUUAUUUUGUUCUGGUAUUCAAAAAUAAUUUUUGGAAUAAAACAUAUUUUUAUUUAAA